AUGGCCAAAAAGAAACAAGGAGAAGCUUCAUCAUCAUCAACAACCUCUCCGAGCACAUUUCAAAACAAACCGAAAUUUAAAACACUCAAAGAACAAAUUAAACAGCAAAAGAUAACACAGAAAUUGAAUAAAUCAUCAUCACAAGCAACAAGUAGCACCGGAAGUGGGUCAUCGGGUAAGAAGAGCACUUCAUCACCAUCCUUGAAUAAGAACAACUCGAUUCAAAUUCCAAUUUUAGAAAUAUCAGACAAAAAUUCAUCUUCGGAAGAGGAGCAAGUUGAAAAUAUUGAUGAAAAUAUUAGGCUAGAUUUAUCACUACAAUGCGGCUCAAAAAGUGAAUAUGAAUUUGUUUGUAAAACUUGUGGUGGAGAACAUGAUGAGGAGAGAUGUUCGAACAAUUAUUGUCCUAAUUGCUUGGAAAAGCACAAGUUGGACAGUUGUCCUCAUACUAAGGCAGGUGCUAACGUUUGUGAAUGGUGCAAUAAGAAGGGACAUACACAAACCAAGUGCCCAAUGAAACAGUAUAUCAUUUCUAGAGAUGACAUUCCAGAAAAUGUGGUUUGUUUUGUAUGCGGAGAAAAGGGACACUUGAAUUGCUCCCAAUCAUACAAGUCUUUUUCAAACAAGAAAUAUUGUUUCAAUUGUGGGCAGCAAGGUCAUUCUGGACUUGAUUGUGAAGAUAUCAAAUUUGAUGAUAUUCUUUCAACAUGCUUGAAAGAUCAGAAUUAUUACAUGAGUUCGUCUGACGGUUUUCUUGCCAAACGUAUGGUAGAAAAAUACAAGUACAAUUAA